AAGACCAAGAGAAAACAUGACAGAUUUAAUGGCAUGCCAGAGGAGGAAGUGGCUUUGAGAUUAUUACCUGAUCAUUUAGCAGAGAAUUUAGACAUCUUAAUAGUUGGAAUUAAUCCAGGAUUAUUUGCUGCCUAUGUUGGACAUCAUUAUGCUGGUCCUGGAAACCAUUUCUGGAAAUGUCUCUACCUGUCAGGGCUCAUCCCAGAACCAAUGAAUGCGUAUGAUGAUUUUAAACUGAUAGAACAUGGUAUAGGCUUCACCAAUAUUUGUGCUCGAACAACCAGAGGCAGUGCUGAUCUCAAAAAACCUGAAAUUCAAGAAGGAGGAAGAAUCCUCAAAGAGAAAUUACAGAAGUAUAGACCUAAAAUUGCAGCUUUUAAUGGAAAAGGUAUUUAUGAGAUUUUUGUGGGCCACAAGAAGUUUAGUAUAGGAAAACAACCAGAACCACUAGAGGGCACUGAUACAGUUGUGUAUGUGAUGCCUUCAUCCAGUGCCAGAUGUGCUCAGUUACCAAGAGCAGUAGACAAAGUUCCAUUCUAUGAAGCGCUGAAGAAGCUUCGUGAUCAUAUCAAGGCGGGAAAACUUCAGGAGCUGGAUGAUGCUGACGUCACAUUC